CAUUGUGACGGUUGGCAUCGAUUCCUUCGACGCUGUCAGCCUGUCGCCUGUCAACAUGUAAGCCAUACAUGCAUCACACACGGUGAUUCGGCCUAACUAUGCACUUUCACGGCCCCGUGUGGCUUGCGGACUUUGCAUCGCAGUCGUGUCCUUCGAGGCCCCUAAGCGGUAUUGACGCGGACUUCUGGUAGGAUAAAAGGCGAUGGAGUUCCCGCUUUCCAAGUGGAAUAUGAAGAUUCGGUCAUCAUCCUCAAUCACCACUCUCAACUCUUGUCGAUCUCAAACACCUCAGUGGAAUCGAUCUACCAACAACCCCCCGGCCCCGAUCCGCCAUCCCGCACUCGGUCUCACCUCUCGCAUCCGUACUCGGUUCCGUCCCGAAACCCCAUCACCUAGGCACUUACACGGCACGCCACGGAUCACUCGCCGAUCAUGUCUUCCGCAAAGACCAUUCUCUUCCUCGGAGCCACUGGCGGCUGCGGACUCUCAGCUCUGCGCCGCUCCCUCGACGCCGGCUACACGUGCAUCGCCCUGUGCCGCACCCCGUCCAAGCUGACCUCCGUCCUCCCGUCCGAAAAGUACCCCAACCUCCGCAUCGAACAAGGCAACGCCCACGACGCUGACGUGAUUGCCCGAUGCGUCGUCUCGCCCCUUGACGCAACCCGCUUCGUCGACGCCGUCGUCUCCUCCAUCGGCGCCUGGUUUGAGCUGCGCAAGAUGAACCUCGAGGACGUCAACGUCUGCGAAAAGGGCAUGACCGUCUUGCUCGACGCUAUCAAGAAGCUGCGCACCGAAAAGGGCGUCUCUGGACGGCCGCGCGUCAUUGGGCUCAGCAGCACUGGAAUUUCCAAGUUUGGGAGGGACACGCCUCUUAUCAUUCAGCCUCUCUACAAGGGCCUCCUGCACACCCCGCACAUGGACAAGAAAGCCAUGGAGGAACUCCUCUUUGCGAGUGGUGAAGCCUGGACGGUGGUUCGUGCCAGCUUCCUGACCAACGGAAAGGAGCAGCCCGCGGGCGCAGUCCGGGUGGGCGUCGAGGACCCCGUCAAGGGUGUUGAGGAACUGGCCAUUGGGUACAGCAUUGCCCGCGAAGACGUUGGCAAGUGGAUGUUUGACAACAUCUUGCAAAAGGAUGGGGACGACAAAUAUGUUGCCAAAGUCGCAACGGUCACCUACUAAUCACCACUAGGCUGUUGUUUUGCUUCGCUUCUCGCCAUGUUUCUGCUUGGCUUCACAUAGAC